CGAAGAGGCUCCUCCCUAUCCGACUACGCAUUGUUCGUGCACUUGAGCGCGCGCCUCUCUGUCACCUGACUCCUGCAUUCUGCUACCGCCACUUCCGGCAUCCGCUGUGAUAGUGUGGGUAGUGUCUCCUCUAGUUUAGGGACUACUCGGUUUACUCUUUCCUGCCCUCCACCGCCUAUUCCCGGUAACAUGACGGAUACAGUGGUGGAUACUCGCCGGCUUCUGAGCAAACCACAGAAUCUAAACGAUGCUUACGGACCUCCAAGCAACUUCCUUGAGAUUGAUGUGAGCAACCCGCAGACUGUCGGGGUUGGCCGGGCCAGGUUCACUACUUAUGAGGUCCGCUUGAAGACUAAUCUUCCGAUUUUUAAGCUGAAGGAGUCUUGUGUUAGAAGACGAUACAGUGAUUUUGAAUGGCUAAAAAGUGAGCUUGAAAGAGAAAGCAAGGUAGUAGUCCCUCCUUUACCUGGAAAAGCUUUCUUUCGGCAACUUCCAUUUAGAGGAGAUGAAGGAAUAUUUGAUGACUCUUUCAUAGAGGAAAGGAAGCAAGGCCUCGAACAAUUUAUAAACAAUAAUGUAUGCAAAUUGCUUCUGAGAUUGAAAGCACUGAAACAAAUGGUGAGAGCCUAAACUGUAGAUGUCCCUGGUUUGUGUAUGCCCCAUCACUGGAAUCAUCUACAAUGGAAGUAUAAUCAUUUUACUUUGAUUACAGAUUGUGGCAUUGUCUCUACUGUGUUUUGUUUAAUAAACUUCCAUCUUACAAUAUCUAAGAAUAGUUUUUUGCAUUGAUCUGCAUUGUUUUUUUUAAUUAUGUCACAGGUUUGAAUCUGUGUGCAUGCCAGUAUAAAGCUCAGAAUUGCUAAUAAAGCAUGGAAGUCAGACCUAUACAUAGUAACUGUGUUCAAUUAAUCCUAAACACAUAGGAUGUUUUGCAAAGAAACCAAUACCCAUCUGCAUAUUUAUGAACGUUUCCCCCACCCAAAAAUCUUAACUGUGUAAAGCUACCAGUUUUUCAUCAAUGUAGAAUGAUCAGUCCGUGAAUCAUAUGUACAGAUGCCUGACACAGUUCAUGGCAUUUUAUUUUUAGAAAUCAAUAAAAGUGACAUACAGCAAAUCUGUGCUAAAUACAGGAGACUAGUGGGGGUUAUGUAAUACAUGACGCUAAAUUUGCCCAGAAGCAGUAACCCAUAGCAACCAAUCAGCAGGUAACAUUUACUGGUCACCUGUUUAAAAGCAUACAUCUUAUUGGUUGCUAGGUGUUACUGCUCUUGGGCAAACUUAGUGCCUUUUAUUACAUUUGGGGGAAACAGUUCAUGUGAUAUACGUCCUUGAGCUAGUCUGUGUAUUUAUAUACAAAUAUAAACAUACUACAGAAUGACUGCAAUCAAAACAUAAAUUUUCUGUUUUGGUUC